AUGCCCAAAAAGCACAGAAGAGCGUUUGCCAAACCAGUCAGCACCCCUCAUCAUUCACUUGCAUCUUCGAGUCGUCAUCAUGGCCAAGGUCAACGAUCGGUCACUUCCGUCAAUGAUUUGAUCAGCCACCUCCGGCGCACUCAAGUGACCAGCUCUCCCGAAUACAAUCCACAGGCCUCUUCGUCUACUCAACGAUCUAUUGAUUCUCUACGCUCUGUUCACCCGUCUUUACGCAACCUCCUCGAGCUUCCCGAGACCGCGCCACCCCGCCCUCGCCCGAACGCACGCCGCACAGCAAUCGGUGGCCGCCGUGUGCGCCUCACACCCGGACCUCCACCACCUGAAAGCUGGCUGGCAGGAAAAAGCAGUGCUUCCCAAGCAUCGGAGGAUACCGCUUAUUAUGAAAGCUUUGAAAUACCUAUAUAUCGCCUAGAAGGACUUCCUGGCACUGUGUUUCCGGGAGAGAAGAGUUUCAGCCAUGCAGUCUUGAAAUCUAUGGUCUCGAACUGGGCUUGGCAUCUGGAGUAUGAUGGGCCGUUUUUGUCUCAGAUCCCAGCUCAUAUGAAGGAGCUUUUGCUUAGCUAUGUGGCCGUCUAUGCGAAGACCCCAUCGAUGUACCUGUGGUGCAAGCAGGGUCUGAUGCGGGGAUUGAAGCCGCUCUUCUUGGCCGAGCCUAGCGAAGGCGAAGAUGGAGAUGAAUCUGUCAAUACCGAUGCUGGAAUAGUCCGCUUGGAUCUCAGUUGCGCUCUGGGACGUUGGAUUUCCCUGAAGCAAAUCACAAAUGACCUUGUUUACUCUGCGAAAUCAGUGACGCUGGCGUCACAGCGCGAUGCGGAGGAGGUUAUUCCGACUUCUUGGGAAGACGAGUUGCACUCCGAAGAGACAACUUCUACAGCUACUACAAGUUCCCGAACUAUUUCUGUUCCCAAAGCCCUUGAUCAACCACGGUUCAAAAAUCUCCGCUAUCUAUCUUUCGCGCACCCAGACCCAAAUUCUGCAAAAUGGGAUGCUCUCAUCCAUCUUCUUUCGCGCCUACCCACAAUCACCCACUUGUCCUUGGCUCACUGGCCUAUUCCAUGUCGCGCAUCUACUAUUUCUUGCUCCCGUGGAUCGAACAGUGAACCCCACGGCAAUGAUGUUAUGGCCGAGGCAGCCGCGAUUCUACGCCAGCUCUCCCGCACCACUUACUGCCUGAAAUGGCUCGACAUGGAAGGCUGUAGUGAAUGGAUAGAGGCUUUAACAUUCCGAGGCACCGACCCAAACGGUCGUGCGUACCGCAGUGGAGAAUCCGGCCCUGAAUGGAACGGGUCUUGGAGAGACAUUGAGUGGAUUGGUCUAGGACCAGGAUUCAAGAUUCCCACUGACUCAGUGGACGACCAGCUUCAUUCCGGCGACCUUGCCCCUGAUGUCUCUCGGGGCGAGGAAGGUGAUCAAAUACAGAAAAAUCUCAGAAGGGCACGUGAAAACUGGAAUAUGAAGUUCAAUGCGGGUUACAAGACUUACCGCGGCCUAUUGGCGAUUAGGAAAGAAGGUCGGGGAAAGUGGAUUUAUACUGAUGUUGAUAGAGAGACUCGCGCCAUUUCCAGGCCAUCCCGGCCGUUUUGA